CGUCGCUUCAACUCUUCAAUCACUUGGUCCUCGUUUCAUGGGAUUUUAUCAUCGCUAAUUUUCGUCCGGACAGACGGAUGUAAGGACGGACGGAGGGCUUCACAUAUAUCCCUACUGAACUACAUUCGUUGGGACAACUAUCAGACAAAUGUUAUACCUUUUUGUGCAACCAAAACAUGACUAAAAUAUCAACAUUUUCUUUCUUCAGAUUGUACUUAUGAUGACAAAGAUACUGUUCAUCCUAAAUGGAAGCCUAACUCCAUCAAUUGAUGCCACACAGUUUACCAUAAGGAACGGGACUCUGAGAUUACCAAGAAAGGACCCAAACUUGCAACGGCUUAACCUGGGGGGCAAAGGAAUUUCAGAAAUAGAAGCUGGUGAAUUUGCUGGUUUUAACUCUUUAGAAGAAUUAUCUUUGAAUAACAAUAAUUUAUCAGAGAUAGAAGAUGGUCCAUUCGCUGGUUUGGUAUCUUUGGAACUGUUAAACUUGGGAAAUAAUAGACUCUCAGAAAUAACAUGUAGUGAUUUUUCUGAUUUUCAUGGUUCAUUAAAAAAACUAGACUUGACUUACAAUAGAUUAACAAAACCGAGAGGCAAUCAUUUUUGUAACCUAACAUAUCUUGAAG